UACUCCGGCGGCGGCGGGGGCAAUGGAGGCUACAACCAACCUCCACCACCACCCAACGUCCCACGCCCUUGGAUCGCCGAAUGGGACGCCCGCGACCAGCGCUACAUCUUCAUCAACCAAGAAACCGGCCAACGCAGCUGGGACUUCCCACGCGACGAGUACCGCGGCGGCGGCGGCGGCCAAAACUACGGCUCCAACAGCGGCUACCCACCACCCCAACAACAAACCCAAUACCAAGAAGCCCCUCACGAGGAGAAGAAGUCCCACGGCCUCCUCUACGGCGCCCUCGGCGCAGCAGCAGGACUCGCUGGCGGCGCCUUCUUGAUGCACGAAGGUUCCGAAGCCAAACAAGACCUCGAAUCCGACGCAUACCGCGCUGAAGACCGCAUUUCCAAUUUCGAUAAUCGCGAGGAACAGCCGGCGGAGUGGACGGGUAGGAAAGUACAGGAAGUGGAGGAUAUUCCGCAGGAUGUCGAGCAGGGGUUUGAUCGGUUUGGGGAGAGGGUGGAGAGGAAGUGGGAUGAUGGCGUGCAGGAUGUGGAGGAUGUGCCGGAUGAUGUGGCGGGGUGGGCGGGGGAGAAGGUGGGCGAUGUGGAGAGGUUUGAUGAUAAUGUCGAGGACGCUUAUGACGCCGGGAGGGAUGAGGGGAGGGAUGAU